AUGGCAAUCUCAGUUCGUUCAAAGAUCAGUAAAAAAUUUCCAAUUGAGGAUGUUAGCCGCCCCCUCUGUGGGACAGAGGAUGAAUCUCUUGAACACUUGUUUCUUUCCUGUAAUGUGGCUUUUCACUUGUGGCGGUUUUCUCCUUGGGAUCACCAUGCUUCUCUGUUCCCUUGCCUAUCUCCGAGUUUGGCGGAUGUCUGGGUGAUUUGGGUUCAAACAACUAGAUUGGAGUUCUCUGAUGCGUUAUGUGGGGAAGCGACGACUUGCUGCAAGGCUUUGGAUAUUGCGAAGGACCUUGGCUCUAAGUUUAUUAUCAUUAACAGUUAUUCGAGGGUUGUUAUCAACGCUCUUAAUAAGAAGGAGUCUCAUUGGGUGCUUGAGAAUUAUGUCUCUUUUUGUACUAGAUCCUCUCCUGUUUUUUCGGCAAGAUCAGUCCUUGCAACUUGGAAGAUUGCAAACUUUGAGUCGCCUCAUGCUUAUUUUGCUAAGGGUGAUGUAACUAAUAGAAAUCUUUGGGCUAAACCAUAUCAUGAUAAUGUUAAGGUGAAUGUCGAUGGAGCCAUCUUUGAAGCGCAACAGGAGUUUGGCUAUGGUUGGGUGGCUCGGAAUAGCAAUGGUACUCUUAUUGAAGCUGUUUCAGGAAGUAGGUUGGACUGUGUGCUUCCUGAAAUUGCUGAGGUAAUUGGUAUCAAGGAAGCGUUGAGUUGGAUCAAGGGUAAAGGUUGGGAUAAGGUGGUUGUUGAAUUUGAUGCUUUAGUUGUUGUCCAAGCAAUAACUAGUACUCUUCAUAUGUCAUCUCAGUUUGGUUUGUUGGUGGAAGACUGUCGUUUAAUUUUAUCUACUUUAAAUAAUGUUCAAAUUAAGUUUGUUAAUCGUUCUGCUAAUAGGGUCGCCUAUUAUGUUGCUAGGGGGUCUUGUUUUUCGUCAGAUCGAACUUUCUAUAGGCAUAAUGCUCCCUCCUCUUUACGAGAUAUUGUAAUUGCGGAUGCAAGUUGA